CUUGUUGUUUCCCUAAUUUCAAUAGUUUGUGAUUUGUUUGUUGUUGUACUUCAAAAUUUCCAACUCUGGGAUCUUUUCUUCUAAAAUUGUACAAUUUUAAGGAACUCUCUUGAACACAAUCAACGUACUUAAUCGUCCGUCAUGAGCAGUGCUAAUUAUUUAAGCAGCGGCUGAGGCUAAUUCAACUUUGGAAGAAUGAAUUGGUUAUUAAAUUGAAAAAUAAGACAACGGUUUGUUCGGAACAAUACCAAUGGAAGCGGCGGCGGCAGCAGCAACAACCACUAUCAGUGCUCGAACAAGUAGGUUAAGUGCUGAAGGGGUCGGUGCUCGGGUGAUACGAGGAAUUGACUGGAAAUGGGGGAAACAAGACGGCGGAGAGGGUCACAUAGGAACGAUACGAAAUUUUGAAUCUCCAGAAGAGGUUGUGGUCGUCUGGGAUAAUGGAACUGCAGCAAACUAUCGAUGUGCUGUUGCAUUUGACCUCAGAAUUUUGGACAGUGCUCCUACAGGUAUAAAGCAUGAAGGAACAAUGUGUGACACUUGUAGACAGCAGCCAAUUUUUGGAAUCCGAUGGAAAUGCGCAGAGUGUUCCAACUAUGAUCUCUGUUCCGUCUGUUAUCAUGCUGAUAAACAUUCUUUGCGACAUCGAUUCUCUAGAAUUACAACCCCAGAGAGCGGAAGAGCUUUGGUUGAACCUCGUCGAAAGAGCAAAAAAAUUGCUGUACGGGGUUUAUUUCCUGGGGCUCGUGUUGUGCGUGGGGUGGAUUGGGCAUGGGAUGAACAAGAUGGUGGAAAUGGUCGACGAGGAAAACUGACUGAAAUCCAAGACUGGUCUGCAACCAGCCCUAGAUCUGCUGCAUAUGUAAUAUGGGACACUGGAGCAAAAAAUUUGUAUAGAGUCGGAUUCGAGGGAAUGGCAGAUUUAAAAGUUGUGAAUGACGCAAAGGGGGGUACAGUUUACCGAGACCAUCUUCCGCUUUUGGGUGGAGAAGGUCCAAGAAGUAGUAUUCAAAGGAUUCAAGUUAACGAUCAGGUCAACAUUAACUUGGAAAUUGAUGUCGUGCAGAGCCUGCAACAUGGACAUGGGGGAUGGACAGAUGGAAUGUAUGAGUGCCUUGGCACAACAGGGACGGUUGUUGGGAUUGACGAGGAUAGAGAUAUCGUUGUGGCGUAUCCUUCUGGAAAUAGAUGGACUUUCAAUCCAGCAGUUCUGACGAAAGCCAUAGCCACACCUUGUACAAGUAUUGGUGCUGCUAGCAAUGAAGCAUCUUCAUCAUCCGAACCAACCAGUGAUACUAGAGAAAUUUCCAGUUGUGGAUUUACUGUUGGAGAUCUAGUACAAAUAUGUGCAGAUUUGGAACGUAUGAAAAUUUUACAACGUGGACAUGGAGAGUGGGCGGAUGCAAUGCUACCUACCUUGGGCCGCAUCGGCCGUGUGCAGCAAAUUUACCAUGAUAAUGAUCUAAAAGUUGAAGUAUGUGGAACUUGUUGGACAUAUAAUCCUGCAGCUGUCACCAAAGUUGCGUCAUCUGAUGGAUCCUUACCAGGAUCAUCCAGUGGAGAACGGCUGAGUGCCCUACUCAAAAAACUUUUCGAGAAUCAUGUUACUGGAGAUGUAACAGAAGAAUUUGUCAAGGCUUCGGCUAACGGGGAUUUCCAAAAGUGUGAAGAGUUGCUUAAACGUGGAGACUGUGAAGUAAAUUGCACUUUCUCUGGACACACGGCAAUGCAAGCAGCCAGUCAAAAUGGUCAUCUGGAUGUGAUUAGAAUCCUUCUAAAUCAUGGAGCUGAUCCUGAAGUUGAGGACAAGGAUGGAGAUCGCGCAGUUCAUCACGCUGCUUUUGGUGACGAGCCUCUUGUAAUUGAAAUGAUGGCUCAAUCUGGGGCAGACCUAAAUGCGCGUAAUAAACGUCGACAAACAGCGCUGCAUAUUGGUGUCAACAAAGGCCAUUUAGGCGUGGUUAGGACACUCCUUCGACUUGGCUGUCACCCUUCUCUACAGGAUCUCGAAGGAGACAGUCCAAUCCACGACAGUGUAUCCAAAAAGAGAGAUGAUAUGCUGAGUCUCCUCUUGGACCACAAUGCAGAUGUUACCCUAACCAACAAUAACGGAUUUAACGGGCUCCAUCAUGCAGCACUACGUGGAAACCCAAGCGCCAUGAGAAUUCUCCUUACAAAACUUCCCAGGGCCUGGAUCGUGGACGAAAAAAAAGAUGAUGGUUAUACAGCUUUACAUCUCGCCAGUCUCAAUAACCAUUUUCAGGUUGCAGAAUUAUUGGUUCGGGAAGGUCGGGCAAAUUUGGAUAUUCAAAAUGUAAAUGCCCAAACGGCCCUUCAUUUAGCCGUUGAACGACAACAUUCUCAGAUUGUUCGACUUCUGGUUAGUGCCGGGGCGAACCUAAAUUUAGCGGAUAAAGAUGGAGACACGCCGCUGCAUGAAGCACUACGACAUCAUACUUUGUCCCAGCUUCGUCAAUUACAAGACGUGGCGGACGUGAGCAAGCUUCUCAUGGGUCUGGGCCCGUCUGGGGCUGAUAGGAAGUCUUCAGCAUCGAUUGCAUGCUUCCUUGCUGCCCACGGGGCGGAUUUAAAUAUACGUAACAAGAAGAACCAAACACCCCUUUGCUUGUGUCCUGAUCCAUCGUUGUGUAGAGCACUUACUCAGUGUCGCAGUGAGCGAAAUGUCACCAGUCAGGUUGAAGGGGCAGGGAAAGCUCAGAGUCCAACACCACAACUAAGUCUGGACCCUGCCGCUGAAUCUACGGAUGAGUGCGUUGUCUGCUCUGACAGUCGAGAAGUGGUUUUCAAUCCAUGUGGACACGCAGUGUGUUGCGGACCCUGUGGAAGCAGAGUGAAGAAAUGUCUCCUAUGUCGAGCUCCAGUUGCCAGCAGAACAAAGAUUGAGGAAUGUGUCGUAUGCUCGGACCGAAGAGCGUCUAUUGUAUUCCACCCGUGCGGUCAUACAUGUGCUUGUGAGAGCUGUGCUGUAUUGAUGAAGAAAUGCGUGACUUGUCGACAACACAUUGACCGAAUGAGUUCACUUUUGGUGUCAUGCGGCAAAAAUCAGCAGAUGAAAAAGCCUGUCUCCAAUUUGGUCUCUAUUCCAUCUCCGCCUGCGCCUAAUAAUAAUAACAACAAUCAUAACAGCAACAACAAUAACAACAAUGCUUCGAUCAACAAUGCAGCUGUUGCCGCAAUUUCUUCCGCUCUGGGCCCCGGAGCUAAUGUCAUCUCAAAUAAUACAUCAAAUACCAAUAACAGCAAUGUCACAGGUCCCUGCAAUUUAUCUCCCAGCAUGGAGCCUAAUCUCUUAAGUAGCCACACUGCAAGUAGUCAUAACAUCACCGCCAGCAACAACGCCAACACCACCAGUAAUAUUGCUAAUAAUAGUAGCGGCUCCACCUCCGUAGCUGGUGAUAACAUCAACCAUGCAAACAACACUGGUCUUAGCGGUGCAUAUGGGCAAACACAAACUUUAAACAAUGGAGCAAAAGACUACACGGUUCAAAAGUUACAACAGCAACUUCAGGACAUUAAAGAGCAGACAAUGUGCCCAGUCUGUUUGGAUCGGUUAAAAAAUCUCAUCUUUCUUUGUGGGCAUGGAACUUGCCAAAGUUGUGGCGACCGAAUUGCCGAAUGUCCUAUAUGCAGAAAGCCUGUCGAGAAACGAAUUCUACUCUACUAAGGACAUACAUAUUUAAUAUUAUGACGAUUGCCAUAUUGAAUAUUUAUUAUAGAGUGAAAUUUAGAGAUUUGUUUCCAAGUUUGUUUGAAUGCUUUAAAAAAUUCAUUCCUCGACUAUAGAUUAAUGCGACUUUUACCAAGAGUUGACUAUAAAUAGGCGUACGUAAAUAUAUAUUGACAUUUAUCGUAGGCAAGACAAGCGCUUAGAUAUAGUGUAGGUAUGUGUGUAUUAGCCAGUGCUGUAAAUUUUGACGUUCUGAUGUAAUAAACAAAUACAAUUGUAUUAAAAAUA